GGAGGCGGCGCGCGGCGGGCGCCCGGAGGAGGGGGGCACGCAGGGGGCGGAGCGCAGCCGCCACCUUCCCCGCUAAUCCUUUCUCCUGCCGCAGAGGAGAGGAGCGGCCGGAGCGCGACACUUCGCCGACGCUUCGCGGGGCCGGCAGGAUGGCGACCGUGGUGGUGGAAGCCGCCGAGCCCGAGCCGUCCGGCAGCCUUGCCAACCCGGCGGCGUCCACCUCGCCCAGCCUGUCGCACCGCUUCCUCGACAGCAAGUUCUACCUGCUCGUGGUGGUCGGGGAGAUCGUGACCGAGGAGCACCUGCGGCGCGCCAUCGGCAACAUCGAGCUCGGAAUCCGAUCAUGGGACACAAACCUGAUUGAGUGCAACUUGGACCAAGAACUAAAACUUUUUGUGUCUCGACACUCUGCAAGAUUCUCCCCUGAAGUCCCAGGACAAAAGAUCCUUCACCACCGAAGUGACGUCUUAGAAACCGUGGUCCUGAUCAACCCUUCCGAUGAAGCAGUCAGCACUGAGGUGCGCUUAAUGAUCACAGACGCGGCCCGACACAAGCUGCUUGUGCUGACCGGCCAGUGCUUUGAAAAUACCGGGGAGCUCAUUCUCCAGUCCGGCUCUUUCUCCUUCCAGAACUUCAUCGAGAUUUUCACCGAUCAAGAGAUUGGAGAAUUACUGAGCACCACCCAUCCUGCCAACAAAGCCAGCUUAACCUUGUUCUGUCCCGAAGAAGGGGACUGGAAGAACUCCAAUCUUGACAGACACAAUCUCCAAGACUUCAUCAAUAUUAAACUCAACUCAGCUUCAAUUUUGCCAGAAAUGGAAGGACUUUCUGAGUUCACAGAGUACCUCUCUGAGUCAGUGGAGGUCCCAUCACCCUUUGACAUCCUGGAGCCGCCUACAUCAGGAGGGUUCCUCAAGCUCUCCAAGCCCUGCUGCUACAUUUUCCCAGGAGGCAGGGGUGAUUCUGCGCUGUUCGCUGUGAAUGGAUUCAAUAUGCUCAUCAAUGGGGGAUCAGAAAGAAAAUCCUGCUUCUGGAAGCUCAUUCGACACUUGGACCGAGUCGACUCCAUCCUGCUCACCCACAUUGGGGAUGACAAUUUGCCUGGCAUCAACAGCAUGCUGCAGCGGAAGAUCGCAGAGCUCGAGGAAGAGCAGUCCCAGGGCUCCACCACCAAUAGUGACUGGAUGAAAAACCUCAUCUCCCCUGACUUAGGAGUUGUGUUUCUCAAUGUCCCCGAAAAUCUGAAAAACCCAGAGCCGAACAUCAAGAUGAAGAGGAGCAUCGAAGAAGCCUGCUUCACUCUCCAGUACCUAAACAAAUUAUCCAUGAAGCCUGAACCUCUGUUCAGAAGCGUUGGCAACUCGAUUGAUCCCGUCAUCCUUUUCCAGAAGAUGGGAGUGGGUAAACUUGAGAUGUACGUCCUUAACCCAGUCAAGAGCAGCAAGGAGAUGCAGUAUUUUAUGCAACAGUGGACUGGUACCAACAAAGACAAGGCCGAACUAAUCCUGCCGAAUGGUCAAGAAAUUGAUCUCCCAAUUUCCUACUUAACUUCUGUCUCAUCUUUGAUUGUGUGGCAUCCUGCCAACCCUGCAGAGAAAAUCAUCCGCGUUCUGUUUCCCGGAAACAGCACACAAUAUAACAUCCUAGAAGGACUGGAAAAGCUCAAACAUUUAGACUUUCUGAAACAGCCACUGGCCACCCAGAAGGACCUUACUGGCCAGGUGGCCAGUCCUGCUGUGAAACAAAUCAAGCUGAAACAGAGAACAGAUAGCCGAGAAAGCCUGAAGCCCGCUGCAAAACCACUGGCCAGCAAGACUGUGAGAAAGGAGUCUAAAGAAGAAAGCGCUGAGGUCACCAAGGCAAAUCAUGUGGAGAAGCCGCCCAAAGCCGAAAGCAAAGAAAAGGUCAUAGUGAAAAAAGACAAGCCAAUGAAAACAGAGGCCAAGGCUCCAGGCAUAGAGAAGGAGGCUGGCAAAGAAGAGCAAUCUCCAGGGAAAGCCGAGGGUGCUGAGAAACCAGCCACAGACACUAAACCCAAGGUGGUCAAGGAGAAGACAGUGAAGAAAGAAAUCAAGGCCAAAUCGGAAGACAAGAAAGAGGAAAAGGAAAAGCCAAAGAAAGAAGUGGCUAAAAAGGAGGACAAAACCCCAAUUAAGAAAGAAGAAAAACCGAAAAAGGACGAGGUGAAAAAGGAAGUCAAGAAAGAAAUCAAGAAGGAAGAGAAAAAAGAAACCAAGAAAGAGGUAAAGAAGGAGACACCAUUGAAGGAGGCCAAGAAGGAAGUGAAGAAGGAGGAGAAGAAGGACGUUAAAAAGGAAGAGAAAGAACCUAAGAAAGAGGUUAAGAAAAUCGUUAAAGACACAAAGAAAUCAUCCACUCCUCUCUCUGAUGCGAAAAAGCCAGCAGCAUUAAAACCAAAAGUACCCAAGAAGGAAGAGUCUGUCAAGAAAGAGUCUCCGGCCGCCGGGAAGCUGAAGGAAAAAGGGAAAGUUAAAGUCAUUAAGAAGGAAAGCAAGACCACAGAGGCAGCUGCUGCAGCCGCUGGUGCUGCGGCCACCACAGCGGCCGUGGCAGCGGCAGCUGCAGCGGCCACCCCUGGCCCCACCAAAGAGCUUGAGGCCGAGAGGUCCCUCAUGUCGUCCCCUGAGGAUCUCACCAAGGACUUUGAAGAGCUCAAAGCUGAAGAGGUGGAUGUAGCCAAAGACAUCAAGCCUCAGCUGGAACUGAUUGAAGACGAAGAAAAACGGAAGGAGACGGAGCCAGUCGAAGCAUAUGUCAUCCAGAAAGAGACCGAAGUCAUCAAAGGUCCCGCCGAGUCCCCUGACGAGGGCAUCACCACCACAGAAGGGGAGGGGGAAUGUGAGCAGACCCCCGAGGAGCUGGAGCCAGUUGAGAAGCAGAGGGUGGACGACAUUGAGAAAUAUGAAGAUGAGGGAGCGGGUUUCGAAGAGUCCUCAGAGACGGGAGACUAUGAAGAGAAGGCAGAAACUGAGGAGGCUGAGGAGCCCGAGGAGGAUGGAGAAGAAAAUGGAUAUGUGAGCACGUCUAAGCAUAGCGUCCUGGAGGAGGAGGACAGCACCAAGGCCGAGGCUGAUGUGCACCUGAAGAAGAAGAGGGAGUCCGUGGCCAGCGGGGAUGACCGAGCGGAAGAAGACAUGGAUGAGGCCAUAGAAAAAGGAGAGGCUGAACCUUCGGAGGAGGAGGGUGAUGAAGAGGACAAAGCUGAAGAUAUCAGAGAGGAAGACUAUGAGGCUGAGAAAGUUGAAGCCGAGGAUUACGUGAUGGCCGUGGUUGACAAAGCUGCAGAGGCGGGUGGUGCGGAGGAUCAGUAUGGGUUCCUGAGCACCUCCACCAAGCAAGUGGGGGCCCAGUCUCCUGGCCAAGCGCCUGCCUCUUCAAUUCAUGAUGAGACUUUACCUGGAGGCUCAGAGAGCGAGGCUACAGCGUCUGAUGAGGAGAAUAGAGAAGACCAGCCGGAAGAAUUCACCGCCACCUCUGGCUACACUCAGUCCACUAUUGAGAUAUCCAGUGAGCCCACCCCCAUGGAUGAGAUGUCUACUCCCCGGGAUGUCAUGAGCGAUGAGACCAACAAUGAGGAGACAGAGUCACCCUCUCAAGAGUUUGCUAACAUCACCAAAUACGAAUCUUCACUGUAUCCUCAGGAAUACUCCAAACAUGCUGUUACAUCCCUCAAUGGACUCUCUGAAGGGUCAAAAACAGACGCCACUGACGGGAAGGACUAUAAUGCUUCCGCCUCCACUAUCUCGCCACCAUCAUCCAUGGAGGAAGAUAAAUUCAGCAGAUCUGUUCUGAAAGAUGCAUACUGCUCUGAAGAGAAGGAGGUGAAAGCCAGCACCACGUUGAACAUCAAGGAUGCUGUCUCGACAGUUUCUCCUGACACACGCAGUCCAUCCAAGAGCCCUUCCCUGAGUCCGUCUCCUCCAUCACCCAUAGAGAAGACCCCCCUGGGUGAACGUAGCGUCAACUUUUCGCUGACACCCAAUGAAAUUAAAGUCUCAGCAGAAGCCCAAGCUGUACCCGCGUCUCCUGAAGUAACCCAGGAAGUGGUGGAAGAACACUGUGCUAGUCCUGAGGAAAAAACCCUGGAGGUGGUAUCUCCUUCUCAGUCUGUUACUGGCAGUGCUGGCCACACACCUUACUACCAGUCGCCCACUGAGGAGAAAGCCAGUCAGCUCCCCACGGAAGUCAACACAAAGACCACGGCAGCCUCGGAGAGUUUUGAAUUUAAUGAUGCCAAAGAUGAGCACGAGAGGGCUUCCAUAAGCCCCAUGGAUGAGCCCGUGCCUGACUCAGAGUCUCCCAUUGAAAAGGUUUUGUCUCCCUUACGAAGCCCUCCCCUCAUCGGAUCAGAGUCUGCCUAUGAAAGUUUCCUAAGUGCUGAUGACAAGGCUCCCGGCGGAUGUGUGGAGAGCCCCUUUGAAGGAAAGAAUGAGAAACCCGGCUUUUCAGACCAAAUAAGUCCAGUCUCUGAUGUGAAUUCCACUGGUCUUUUCCAAGGUCAACAGAAAGGGAAAAGCACAGACUUUAUACCAAUAAAGGAGGACUUUGGGCAAGAAAAGAAAGCGGAUGAUGUUGAUGCUGCGAGUUCUCAGUCAGGACUGGCUUUAGAUGAGAGGAAGUUAGGAGGAGAGGUUUCCCCGACACAGAUAGAUGUCAGUCAGUUUGGAUCUUUUAAAGAGGACACUAAGAUGUCCAUUUCUGAAGGCACUGUCUCAGACAAGUCAGCAACACCUGUUGACGAGGGGGUAGCAGAAGACACCUACUCUCACAUGGAGGGCGUAGCCUCUGUCUCCACUGCAUCUGUGGCCACGAGCUCAUUUCCAGAACCCACCACCGAUGACGUGUCUCCUUCGCUGCACGCAGAGGUGGGUUCCCCGCAUUCCACCGAAGUCGAUGACUCCCUUUCAGUGUCGGUCGUGCAAACACCCACCACAUUCCAGGAAACAGAAAUGUCUCCAUCAAAAGAAGAAUGCCCAAGACCGAUGUCCAUUUCUCCACCAGACUUCUCUCCUAAAACAGCCAAAUCCAGGACCCCAGUGCAAGAUCACAGGUCUGAACAAUCCUCCAUGUCUGUUGAAUUUGGCCAAGAAUCUCCAGAGCACUCCCUGGCGAUAGACUUCAGCCGGCAGUCUCCAGACCACCCUGCAGUGGGUGCGAGUGUGCUUCAUAUCACUGAAAACGGGCCGACCGAGGUGGACUACAGUCCUUCCGACAUGCAGGACUCCAGCCUCGCACAUAAGAUGCCACCACUGGAAGAGCCCUCCUCCUACACCCAAGAUAACGAUCUCUCUGAGCUCAUCUCAGUAUCUCAGGUCGAGGCUUCCCCGUCCACCUCUUCUGCACACACCCCUUCUCAGAUAGCGUCUCCUCUCCAAGAAGAGGCUCUCUCCGAUGUACCUCCCCGAGAUAUAUCCUUAUAUGCCUCACUCACCUCUGAAAAAGGGCAAAAUCUGGAAGGAGAGAAGCUCUCCCCCAAGUCUGAUAUCUCUCCACUCACUCCCAGAGAGUCCUCUCCUUUAUAUUCACCUGGUUUUUCAGAUUCUACCUCUGCUGUCAAAGAGAAUGUAUCAGCUUGCCACACUUCCUCUCUUCCACCUAUGGACGCAGCAUCCUCAGAGCCCUAUGGCUUCCGUGCCUCAAUGUUAUUUGAUACAAUGCAACACCAUCUAGCCUUGAACCGAGACUUCAACACCUCUGGCACAGAGAAGGACAAUGGAGGGAAGACUCCUGGCGACUUCAACUAUGCCUAUCAAAAGCCUGAGAAAGCUAGCAGGUCUCCUGGUGAGGAAGGGUAUGACUAUGACUCUUACGAGAAGACCGUGAGGGCGCCUGAUGCCAGUGGCUACUAUUAUGAGAAGACGGACAGAACCAAGACCCCAUGUGACGGCGGCUACACCUAUGAGACCAUUGAGAAGACCACCAAGACUCCCGAAGAAGGGGGCUAUGCCUGUGAGAUAAUUGAGAAGACCACGCGGCCCCCCGAGGAGGGGGGUUAUUCUUAUGAGAUCAGUGAGAAGACCAUCCGGACCCCCGAAGUGAGUGGCUACAGCUACGAAAAGACGGAGAGGACCAGAAGGCUUCUGGAUGACAUCAGCAAUGGCUACGAUGACACUGAGGACAGUGGUCACACCCUGGGGGAUUGCAGCUACUCCUAUGAGACCACAGAGAAAAUCUCCAGUUUCCCCGAGUCUGAAAGCUACUCCUACGAGAAGUCGACAAAAACCACCCGAACCCCUGAAAUGUCUACCUACUGUUAUGAGACCUCAGAGAAGAUCACCCGCACCCCACAGUCGUCUACCUAUUCCUACGAGACUUCUGACCAGUGCUACCCUGCCGACAAGAAGUCCCCCUCCGAGGCUCGCCAGGAAGUCGACUUAUGCCUUGUGUCCUCCUGCGAGUACAAGCACCCCAAGACCGAGCUCUCCCCCUCCUUCAUUAACCCCAAUCCUCUCGAGUGGUUUGCCAGUGAAGAGCAACCUGAAGAAGGAGAGAAACCCCUCACUCAGUCCGGGGGCGCUCCACCACCUCCAGGAGGAAAGUCACAGGGGCGGCAGUGUGACGAGACACCCCCCACGUCUGUCAGCGAGUCAGCCCCCUCCCAGACCGACUCAGAUGUGCCCCCUGAGACAGAGGAGUGCCCUUCCAUCACAGCCGAUGCGAACAUCGAUUCUGAGGAUGAGUCUGAAACCAUUCCCACAGACAAAACCGUCACCUACAAACACAUGGAUCCCCCGCCAGCCCCCAUGCCAGACCGCAGCCCUUCUCCACGCCACCCUGACGUGUCUAUGAUGGACCCCGAGGCCUUGGCCAUCGAGCAGAACCUGGGCAAAGCACUGAAGAAAGACCUAAAGGAGAAGACCAAGACCAAAAAGCCAGGGACCAAGACCAAGUCCUCGUCUCCUGUCAAGAAGGGUGACGGGAAGUCCAAGCCCUCUGCUGCUUCCCCAAAGCCAGCAGGCUUGAAGGAGUCCUUAGAUAAGGUGUCUAGAGUGGCUUCUCCCAAGAAGAAAGAAUCUGUGGAGAAGGCCACAAAAGCCACGACCACGCCUGAGGUUAAAGCAGCACGUGGGGAAGAGAAGGACAAGGAGACCAAGAAUGCCGCCAACGCCUCCACAUCCAAAUCCGUAAAGACAGCCACGGCAGGACCAGGAACCACCAAGACGGCCAAGCCCUCAGCCGUGCCUCCAGGUCCCCCUGUGUAUUUGGACCUGUGCUAUAUUCCCAACCACAGCAAUAGUAAGAAUGUUGAUGCUGAGUUUUUCAAGAGAGUGAGGUCGUCCUACUACGUGGUGAGUGGGAACGACCCCGCCGCAGAGGAGCCCAGCCGGGCUGUCCUGGACGCCUUGCUGGAAGGCAGGGCUCAGUGGGGCAGCAACAUGCAGGUGACACUGAUCCCAACUCAUGACUCAGAAGUGAUGAGGGAGUGGUACCAGGAGACGCACGAGAAACAGCAGGACCUCAACAUCAUGGUUCUUGCGAGCAGCAGCACCGUGGUUAUGCAAGAUGAAUCCUUCCCUGCAUGCAAGAUUGAACUGUAACCGCCAAGGUCCGCCACACCACAGGAUUUGAACUUUGUCUCCAGAAAUUCUUCAAUUUGAAACCACCUUUUCUAAAACAUCAAUUCAUCUAAAUAAGUUGCUGAACUGUUACCUGCCAAAUGCUAUGCUGUGUCACGGUGAUGGAAGUCACUAAUAUUUUCUCACUUUUUGCCGAUUGCUAAGGGAAGUAACAGUAUUCCCAAAGUAGGGUUCAAGUUACUGCAAAAUUACCUACCACAGUUCAUCUCUGCUGAACAUUUGGAAACCAUGCACUAGCCAACCCAACUGAUUUUUGCUAGGUAGAGGCAUUUGUCUUAGAGAGAGAGAGCGAGCAAGGAAGAGAGAGAGCGAAUGCGUGCGCAUCAAGAGAAGAGAAUGCAGGAGAGAGGAGAGAAUGAGAAAGAAAAAGGAUGCAAAAGAAGGGCGAUGGAAUGAUAGAGAGUGCUGGUGAGACACCCAGAGAGAAUAAGAGACAGCAGGUGGGGUGAGGGGAAGAGCGUAACCCAUGGUGAGGUCUGCAUUUUCUCAGGCAUCUCUAUUUUGUAGUCUGCAGAGGCAGAAUUUUCAACUUGUGUCAGUCUGAGUCAUCAAAAAGGGUCUUAAUUUUCUAAAGCAAGUUGGUGGAAGACAAUAAAAAGAACAUUAGCGGGCAUGUGAGAUUUUCUCGCCUUAAUUAAGCUCCUUCAAGUUUGAAGGCUGCACACUGACAUAACUUAGUGAGUGUAGACUGGGUACACAAGUGGUUUGAACCCCAAUUCAGUACUCCCAGACUCUUCAGACAGCGAGUAGAUUGAUCUAAGGCAUGCUCCCAGCGUUCGUACGCCCAGUUAGUCCACUGAUCCAAUUUACCUGCAUGCGGAAACACCCAAGUCCACCCUGAUUAACAAGCCAAUACCAAAGCAGUUGGGAGUACAUAUGGUAGACAAUUUGCCUUAGAAAGCGACUUGAAUGUACAAAGAAACUUGAUGCACUUAUUUUUUAAUGUGAGACCGCAAGUUUAUAAAACAUCCGUGUAGGAUUAUAGACACUCCAGUUAAAGGAGCAAGUGUGUGCACGAGUGUGGGGGUACUAGAAGCUGAGCUGACUGGUGCAAGUUUGAGGCCAAGUCACAAGUGUCCCAUACCGCUUCCGUGCACCUGCACCCCUCAGCCAAACAAGUUGAGCUUUUUUGUAGCUUCUUUACUACUGCACAUUCAAGGUUGAAAUGGCAUCUAUGGUCAGAACUGGGCAAACAGUGAAUCUUACGGUGGAAGAAUUUCUCAGCAAAUGUACAGUAUUUACCUUUUUCUGUCUUACAUUGGCUUUUUUUUUUUAAUUUUCAACUAAUUUCUGCCUAAUUAUGGGAACAAGUGUACAGAAGAAUUUUUUUAAGCUAUGUGAGAACUUUUCAUAGAUGAACUUUAUAACAAAUGUUUUCAUUUACAGGCAAAUACAAGGAAAAACUCAAGUGACAGUCUUUUUUUUUUUAAGUAUCGUAAGACAAGAACAAAAAAUAAUGUUGUUUGACGUUCUGGUGAGAUUUAAGCCUGAUAUUGCAGUAAUAAUAUUUAUUAAAAACCCAUAACUACCAGGAAUAGUGAUACCUCCCACCCCUUGAUGCCAUAACAUAACUAUCUUGAGUACAUGUUCUUUGAGAGUGGUGGACAAAGACAUGCUAGGCUACUUACUUGUACAGGCCAAGUCCAUCACCUAAUGGUUCAUACUUCUUCCAAGAUCUUCAUCCAUGAGGUAAAAGAGUCAAGAUGAGCUCAAUGAACACUAGCAAAAAUUUUGCUUUGGGGUAUUCUUUUCUGGGGAAAAAAAAAAACACGUAAAAGAAAUAAUGAAUGGAAAGCAAAUGAAUUCCCGACUCCUACAGUUUAUCAUGUAGAAUUCAGAGAUCAUUUCCGGCAUUGAAUGAUGAACCUGGGAAGUGAGCUAACAAUUAAAACUGCCAUCACGUUUCAAGAUGCAGAUCAGUGCACCCGUGUUCAGAUGUGGCAAACCUCUCAGUGACGACUGUGCCGUGCUAUGUCAUUUCCUGCAGACUCUAAGAUCUAUGGAGUUUAGUGAACAAUGACCUCAUUUUAUUUUCUAUGUCAGUUAUUUAUUUUGAAGUUAACAUUUUUGUUUAUUUUUGUCUGAUAAAUGUGUGUUUUGCACUGCUAACUACUAUGAGGGUUUAAACAAUGCUUCUUCAAGGUCUCUUCGCUGUGGACCUGUGCAGUCUACUUAAUGCUGUGAAUUACAUUUUUCAAAUGUUUAAUUUUUUAAAAAAAUAAUAUUCUAUUUUUUUUAGGCUUCUCUAGGAAUGCAGCUUUUAUUUAUUACCCCAUUUUGUUUGAGUUCUUAGUAACAACACAUUGGUUAAGGGUACAAAACAAUUAAACAAUGGAAACUCAUUGUAUCAAAACCGAAUUUCAUUGACUAUAAAUACAUCUACUUCAAACUUAUUUUCUGAGACAACCUAAGAUGCUCAAUCUAAUUAGUGAAUGACACAUUGUUGAGUUGGUUCCCGAAUAAUGUAUGGGAGGAGAAACAGAUUUCUACCUUCUUGCCAAAUCAGACCUCUGGUUGAGUUUUCCUUGAUCGAAGUUGAAAUUGUUCUCCAGUUUCCCAAAUUAAAUUUAUUUACCAUGCAUUAUUUUGUUUUUUAAAAAUACGUAAGCAUUUCUUUUUUAUUUUUGCUAUGGUUUUAUUGGGAAGCUGUCACUUUCUAGCUGUCUCUUUUUUCCUGUAAAAUAUAUUAGUACAUUCUCCAUCCAUUGUUCUCAGUUAUGGCCACAGAACCUGAGCAUACCCCAAACACCAAUAUUUGCAUUACAGGUCGCUCCUGUCCUUCCAAACAUCUUUUCUACCUGUGUGACUAACCUAAUUUUGCUAGUUCUAUUAAGUACACAAUUAGUUUUGUAACAACCAUCACAAUGUACCAUGUACAUUCAUGGUGAGAGCUAAAGAUUGACACAGACUUCUAAUUCAUACAAUUACUUGGUUCAAUUGUGUAGACUGAAUAUUUGAGUGGAAGGAAUUGACAGUGCUUAAACGAUGGGAUUCCAUCAAGAUAGCAUUCAUGAUCAUGACUUUUUUAGUAGUAUUCUUAAAAUUCUACAGAGACAAAAGGUUAGGAUGAUCCUCCGUUUUCAAUUUUAAUGAAUUCUAUCCCCUUCUCAAAACCCAACCCUGUGCAUGCUUUCUCAGUCUUGUGGUGGGACUGAAUACAAUGACUGAAUCUCUUCUCUCCCCGCCCCCCUGCCCCCGCCCCAACCCAACCCCCUCUCUAAUGCCAUUUUCCAUGGAUUAAAAAAAGAAAAAAAAUUUUUUUCUCCUUAACCUUACAUAUCCUAGUGAAUGGUUUUUCCCAGUGUAUAUGGAUGUUUUAUGUGUCUCCAAUAGCUUAUGCAGUUUAGGAGCUGUCCAAUACUCAUUUAAUAAGAUUUAAUCAUUUGCUCAUGGAAAUUUUACCACCUACCAUUUCCCCUCCAUCAUCAAAUCUGAGCUCUCAGGAGCUGCUCUUACAAUUCUGAAAUGACUUUAUUUUCUUUUUGCCUCUCUUUAGUCACCUGUCACAGGAGGUUCUUGCUCAGUAAUGAUAUUGUGAGUUAGAGAAAUAGCUUUUUCUUUUCUUUUUUGGCGCUUGAGAUUUAGAAGAAAAGAUCCUGUUUCCAUUGGAAAGGAACUGUAAGCUUGUCUUCUAACCAACUGAACAACACACCGAAAGCAGCCUAGGAAUGAGUAUUUCUUUGAAAGCAAUUAGGUUAUUCACCUGGUAUUAAAAACUACGAUUUAAUAAAAAGAAUCUGUGACUUCAUUCAUUUAAAAGGCAGCAUCAAAAACCGAAAAGGAAGGGGGAAAAAUAAGUAGCUUCUCUGCAGCCAAUUGGAGCUCCUCGAAAUAGGAGCCAUGGAGAGGAGGCGUGAAAACUUGGCUGCCCUUUGGCCCUCGGCCAGCGCCUGGCUAGAGCCUGGCCGGAGCCCAGCAGAGCCCAGUGGGCCCAUGGGCCUGUAGCUCUGUCUCUGUGGCCCUGGGAAGACGUGGUCUGAGCCCCCGCUGAGAAGCACCUCCGACUCCUCUCUCUUGUUCUGAAUGGUGUUUGUGUCAGUCUGCAGCUGUGUAUGGUAUUACGUCUUAUAAUCCUGCAUCACUUCUAUCCUAUCCAGUCAUAUCUAAUGUAGAAAAUUAGUUUCCAGUGAAAGUAAUAUGUAGUGCUUUUAUGAUAUUUGUGUGCAAUAUCCCCUCUUCCAUUGAGGAUAUUUGAUGUAAAAGAAAAAAAAAACUCAGUUCCACAAUAAAAUACAAAAGUGGCAAAAGUU